GAAGCUUAUGGAUGCGUGGUGUCGUGCAAGCUUGUCAUGGCUCAGGUGCUGGUGGCACAGUCUGUGGCUCCUACUCUUACAGCUGUCACCCACCCCGUGGAAAGCGAAGGUCUCGGUGAGCUGUCAUGCGGUAGCAGGCCGGCAACAGCAGACAGCAUUAAAGAGCCGACAAAAGGUGAACCACCAGCUAAAGGAUAUGUGUGUGAACACAUGAGGGUAGGCAGUGAAUCCAACAUACAGGCUAUUCUUUUGGAGGCUGCUGUGUGCAAAAUGACUCAGCUAACACGACUGCUGUGUGAACAGUUUCUAGGAGACUCUGUGGUUGAGGUGGAACUCCAGACAGAAUGUUGGCUACAAUUGGUGCAGCUACAUCUUCAGCUUAGGCAUGCUCCCAUUGCCAUGCAGUGUGCCUACAAUAGCAUCAACACUCUUAGGAAAUAUUCACCAGAAUCUGCAAGCACAAGAGCUGUGGAAGAGACACACAGUCACACAUCGCUCAGCCCAAGACUAUGGCUUUACUGCCGCUCUCGUCUGCUUUGCAUCCUCUGUGAUCACACUGCUGCCAGCACAGCUUCAGCAAUACAACAGCUGGCGACGGCGGGAAGCAGGGAGGCUGAGGUGCUCGGUGAUGCGGAGACACAGGCUUGGUUUCUUAUGCAUCUCGCACUCACGCAGCAUGGUGAAAAGGCUGCGCUGUCGCUACAAGAGGCCACUGCCAUUCUGGCCACCGUGCAGCAACUGUCGUCCACUGGUCAGCUGCUGCUGGUUCUGUUGACCACGAUAACGCUGGCAAUGAUGACUGGUAGAGCUACAACCCUUGACCAGCUGAACACUGCCUGUCAGGUGUUAGAGAAACUUCAGGAAGAAGUGCUACUUCCAGACACGAGGAGGUGCCUGGGUAACCUACAUCUGCUGAUGGGACAUAGUCUGGCAACCUCUGAGCAAUGCAAUGUACAGGAUGCGACUCACCAUCUGAAAUCUGCACUGAACAUCGCAGAGGAGGCAGGCAAUUACUAUAUGUUCUCCUUCACAUCCUAUCACUGGGGCGUGCUGAAGGGAUCGCGGCAGCGGCAGCAACAGUGUCUGCAGGCAGCUGUGAACAACCCCGCACUCCUCCCUGUCAUUCAGGCGGCGCUCCGACACAUGGCUGUGGCAGACACGCACACGGAUGCUCCUUACCCAGAGGCUGGUCAGCCAGGGAUUGUCUUCGCUGAGCUAUCAGCACUACAUAACGUGAACAUUGCCUGUGACACUCUGAAGCAGCUGAUUGGCUUUGGGGUGGAUGAUGUCAUCAAUGCUGAUGCACUGCCAGAAGAUAUUCUACUCAACAUCCUGGCAGAAGAUCUUGCAGGUACGCAGGAGGUGCAGAUGCUGCCUCUCAUGUAUACUGAUGAUGGCGGUGGUGGUGGUGGUGUCAGCUCCGUAUUUACUCACCUCUGCUCUGCUUUCCCAACUAUUGCUGUGGACAGAGUCUGGCGCUACUAUCUGAGGCUCCUCCAACAUUGCGCACCAACCAGCAAGCUGCUGCCACCUAUAGGGACACUUCUAGUGAGUGAAACGGCAUGCAACUUACUACUGUCUCUUCACCACUGCCUGAUGGAGCUGGUGCCAGCAUAUGCUGGGGUGAACAGUAAGCUGUAUAGAUCCCCAGCGAUGCAGUACCUGUGUGGCUCUACACGGCGUCUGUGCACGCACGACUACCCGCAUUCUUCAGUCUUCCUCUUCUGGUCCAGCAAUACGGAAAAUCGGUCCAGAGGGGAAGAGGAGCAACUAGUGUUGGUGUGUGCUGGUGCAGGGUCAAAUGGAGGGGAGGAGAGAAUGGCGAGUGUGGCAGAGAAUAGUGAAACGGGAGAAAAAAUGACAUAUCCAGCGACAACCGAGGAUGAGAGUGAUGAUCAAGUUAAACAGAAAGAGGUUUUGUAUAAACGUACAAAAGCUAGUGGCAAAGAACAGCAACUAGGCUACUUUCAGUACCAGACUACAGUCACUACACAGCAUCGAGCGCAAGCUGUUCAAGUGCUUCGCCAGCUGCAAGUCGAAUACAAGAGCAUCGAGCUCACGCCAAUGACGCAAGAGUGUCAGGCUGAGGAAGCCCCGGGGGAUGCCACCGACUCUAGCCUGGCAACUGAACACACUAUCACUGUACCUGUGUCGAGCAAAGGAUACCAGUCCCCAACAGACAAGCAUUCAGUGUUCAUGGAGAAGCUGGAACCAUGUCUUCAGAGUGUAGCGCUGGUUUUGAGAAGACAGCUUCAACACGAGUCUAUCGCUAUCACACAGGUACCAAUACUUUUGGACACGUUGAUGAGAAUCCUAGAUGGAGAUGAAACUCACGUUCAUCUGUUAACAGCUUCCAAUCUCAUCGGUGUUCCUUAUAUCCGGCAGUUGUUUGCCAAAACCAACAUCUAGAUGAUAUUGCCUUCUGAAGGCUAAUGCUACUCUCUGGGUGGUAUAAAACACUUUUAAGCAUGAUAUACGUUUGAUAACAAUGUUAAUUUCUGUGUCACAGUGAAAUCACAUAUAACAGUAUAUAGAUAUUCUUUG